UACAUUGUUCACUUAAAAUAUAAUUGAAAAACCCGCUGUAUUUCUACAGAAACUGUGUGUAGACAUAACAUGGUUUCGGCUUGUAUCCGAUCAUUUUCGUUGUUCUGCGAAGAAGAAACACUUCACAAUACUUUUUUUUCUCGACGCGAUCAUGAACUUUCGACUAGGUAGUUUUUGCAGUAUAAUUGCUUUUGAACGAAGUACAACGUGCUGCUGGGGACGGAGAGAAAAUAAAGUUAUCAGCGGACGGACUUAUACAUAGCUGUCGCUAUCUAUAAAAUCGAAUGAUAACAUAUUUAUGGACUUGUAUACAUAUGUACAUAUAACUGACCAAUUUUAAAUUUGCGGUAUUAAUAACAACAAAUUAGGCAACCGGGAAAUUAAAGUUGGCAGUUCGCUGUAUUUGAUCACAGCUGGUAUGCAACAAUUGCGCGCAAAACGGGGCGAAGAGUUUCAGUUCUUAUAUAUUUUGACGUGUAAACAAAUGUUGAAUAACGAACAGACCCGCGGCUCUGCCCUGCUGCAUAUUUUGAUGCUGUUGCUACUGAAUAACAAAAUUGGUUUGGUAGAGUGCGACAAAGUUACGGCUAUGUCCAUUUCCAAACACAAUUACCCGGUAGAAGAGCAUACAGUAAUCACAUAUGAUGAUUACAUCCUUACUAUUUACCGCAUCCCAUCGUCUCCAAACCGAAGGCAUCCGAACCGAGCAGGGACCGUAGUCUUUUUGCAACAUGGAAUCCUGAGUGCUUCCGACGACUGGGUUAUUAACGGACCCGAGACAUCUCUGGCCUACAUGCUGGCAGACGCCGGCUAUGAUGUCUGGCUGGGCAAUGCACGUGGCAACACGUACUCACGCCAGCACAAGCAUAUCCAUCCAGACACGUCCGAAUUCUGGCGGUUCAGCUGGCAUGAGAUAGGUGUCUAUGACCUCGCGGCAAUGCUGGACUAUGCGCUAGCGGAGAGUCAGUCAAACUCUUUGCAUUUUGUUGCACAUUCGCAAGGCACCACGACGUUUUUCGUACUUAUGUCUUCUCUGCCUUUGUACAACGAGAAGAUGCGUUCCGUUCACCUUUUGGCGCCUAUAGCUUACAUGCGAUACCACUCUUUCAUUCUCUCCAAGUUGGGUGGCAUUUUUCUGGGAUCGCCUUCCUUACUUAGCUGGGUAUUAGGAAGUAUGGAGUUGCUGCCUAUUACUAAUUUACAGAAACUGAUAUGUGAGCAUAUCUGCGCAAGAAAUUCCAUGUUUAAAUUCCUGUGCUCUGGGCUGCUGGACUUCAUCGGCGGAUGGGGAACACGGCACUUGAACCAGACUCUGCUGCCGGACGUUUGUGCAACACAUCCAGCAGGUGCAUCUUCCAGACAAGUAAUCCACUACCUACAGCUUUACAGGUCUGGCGACUUCCGACAGUAUGAUCAUGGACGGGAGCUAAACGAAAUCAUUUACCAGCAGCCAACGCCUCCAUCUUACAAGGUCCAAUACAUUAAGAGCUGUGUGGAUAUGUACUACAGCGAAAAUGACUAUAUGUCUGCUGUUGAGGAUGUGAAGUAUCUGGCUUCACUCCUACCAUGCGUACAACUAUAUCGCAUUCCAUUCGUGGACUGGAACCAUUACGAUUUUUUGUGGUCCAACAAUGUAAAGGAGGUAAUAAACAACAAGAUAAUUAAAAAGAUGCUUAAAUAUGAUGAAGAUGUAUAGGGUGUAGGUCUUUAGUAUCAUCGUGAGAGUUUCUGAAUAUAUAUAUAAAUUACUUUUUUCGCUUCGGGACAUAUUAAAAAAACAAUUUUUAUUUUCAUAUAUUUAAGCUGAGUUUAAUUGGUAAGGUUUUUCAACUGAGAAUCUGAUUUUACAAAAGCAUUGGUGACGGCCAAAACUGCUCUUUUUUCGCUAGUCUAAAAUGGAGAGCGUAAAAAUCUAUAAAUAUAAUUUGCUUGCUUGUAUGAGUAAAAACAUUAAACGCGAUGGUGUGUAUGAGUGCGUGCUUGUGCUGGAAGAGGAU